CAGCAGAGUGACGAUAACUCGUUUUUGAUAGUAAAACAGGGGUAUUCUGUAUUACACUAUGGAAUUAAUGUUCAGUAUUAAUGAUUCCCUGAACGUUUUUGUCAUAGUAUAAAAAAAAAAUACGCGUCAAGGAAAUAAAUUAUUUGUCUCAAUAAUUUAUUUGUCUUUAUAAGCUCUACAGGUAAUCAAUUUUAUGUUAUGCUUACUACUUAACGCAUAAUUAUCAUUACUAAAAUUUUAUAGUUUCUAAUAAUUUGUUUUGUUGGCGGAUUAUGAAAUAUUUAGUUAAAACAACUAAAUAUAUGAUUGGCAAUGGGCAAUCAAAUCAUUUUGUUGUCAUAACUAAAAUUUACUUGUCAGAAGAAAAUUUUUUUCUCAGUGUAUGAUUCUGAAUUAGUGAAUAUUCACUAAUUUUUACUAAUUCGGUUUAAAGAGUAAAUAUGAAGGGCCUUUAAGUUUCCGGGCGGGAAUAUAAAAUUUAUAUACUUAUUUCUUAUUGACAUUGAUCGAACCGGCUUGUUUUCAAAUAAAAUAUCUUUUCCUGGCACAUAAAGCUUAUGAAUUAAAUUAUUAGAUGCUUUAAAAUAUAUAUUUAAAAAAACAAACAAGCUGAGCUUUAACCUAUCGCUAAAAUUUCCAACAUAUUUUUCUCGUGUUUCAUAGUUUUUUGAUUCUAUUUAUAGAUUUCUGUCCAUCCAAACAUGUAUAGUCGUAUAUAUAUUUGAGAAUUAAAAAAUAAAUGAUUAGAAGAAUUUGUAUAUUUCAGUAAGUGAUAUGUAUGACGCACUUGUUUGCUACGUUGUCGUCUUUGUUCUCAAAUAACUAUUACUGUCAUUAUUAUUAUUAGUUUUUAUAUUGACCGAUGGCUUAUCAUUUUUUAAGUAAUUAACGAGUAAUUUAAGUGCGUUGAGUAGACUCUAUAAUUAUUAAAAUAUAUAAACUCGCAUUGGUCGUCGUGUCCAAUCACUGUUAAUACGUUUCCGCCACGUAUUAUCAUUCUUAUUCUCAUUCUCAGGUUGAACUAAACCUGAAAAACUAAAAAAAUGAAAAUUAAUAAGUUAUCACUUUUAUUAUUAUCAUUACUAAUAAUAAAUAAUCAGCAUGAAGUACAAGGUAUAAGUUUCGCGAGUAUACUCGAUGUCGGUUCAAUAAUAAGUGAUGUCGUUGGUAUAGUUUGUGACGUUGCAAAUAUGUUUAUAACUCAAAAAAUGGCACCUGAUCAUUUAAGCGAUUAUAAAAAAUACUACGAUACUCUUAAGGGGGAUUUCGAAGAAGAACAGGAAAUAUACGACGAUAUCUCUUCCGAUGAUUUCGAUAUGACCGAAACAUCGCUUAGCCUAGAAAAUCUUGUAAAAAAUGUCAAGUCACUUGGCACAGAAGCAUCUAAACAGGAUCAAGAAAUAGCUAAGUUGAUUGUUAACGUCGACACUGUCAUAAGACAAGUUGAUAUAUUAGCUUUUACUGUUCACGAUGAGCUGGAAAAUCGAUUGAGAAAAGCCGCUAAAAAAAUUGAUAAUAAAUUUAAAUUAAACCGGGCAAUGGAUGACUUGGUCAAAUAUACUAAUAGAAUAGAUGAAUUAUAUUUGAGGCUUAUAAAUCAUUUUAAUAAAAUUGAGGAACUUAAUCCUGAAUCACUUCGAAGUUUAAGAAAAACUAUAACCUCAUUGGCACAAGACAAUCCUCUGGAUAUUCUUGAUAAAAUGUGCAAUCUUUUUACACCUCGUAGAUCAUUAAUUGUGGCCGACAGCAUUCUCACUUAUUUUGUUAAAGAUAAAAAUAGUCUUACGUUUCAACAACGAUGUGACUUGACGUCCACACAUCAAGAUCAGUUAAAAUCAAUAUACAAUAUGGUUAUGAUUACGGAACUACGUGCAUUCCUCAUAAUGACUAUUGCGUACAGGCAAAGUGAAAUCGAACAGAAGUCAUACCAUAAAAACGAAACUGAUGUCAAUGUUCAACUUUUCAUGGACAGAUCACGCACGUAUUUAGAGUCUAUGAAAAAGGCCCUGGCAAUGACACCGUCUGAAAUAAUGCGUUGUGAUCCGACUAGACACAUUAAAGAUCAUAACAGUUUCGAAAUGACGCUUUUGUUUGGAAGUUAUUAUAUGAACGUCGCUCAGUUGGAUAAAAGUUGUUCAGAUUCAUGUGAAAGUAUUGAUACUAAACGUCAACUUGAGUGUAUCUACUUUGAUCAUGAAAAGUAUCACAGUGAAGGUCACAGUAAGUUCACUAUAACUCCUUCUUACUGUCCACGAUUCCCAUGUCAUGGAAGACUGCAUAAUUGUCGAACAAGCAAUAACAAUCACUUGUGUGAAGCGCGCAUCGACAAAGAAAGUCGUUAUAAAUGGAUUAAAAAUGGUGUCAAUAGUGAGAUGAUUCAAGGAUGCGAUGGUAGUUACAUCAACACGUUUACUAAGAUGCCCUGCUCUAGUUGUAUCUGUGAAUGUUCUGAAGAAGGUGCUGAAUCUGUUGCAACACGGGCUGUUAGUUUUAUACCACAGUUUUCUGAUGUUAAAAACAAUAUGGUCGUUACAAACGUUCGUUUCCAAAAAAAAGAUAACAUGUUGCACGUACAAAUACAAGAGGGUAAACUUUUACCAGAAGGUAGAGUGAACCGUAGCACCCUACAAUGGGUUAAACUAGAUGACUUAGAAUACAGAAAAAAUACUCCCGAGGGAUCAUUUGUCAAGUUGACAAAAGAUGACGAAGUUCCUCUGGUUCUUAAUACUGACUACGCCUUUUUGAAUAACGAUUACAGAACUGUUUGGUUAGACGACAUAACAGUUAACAAAGAUUACGUCGUCACUGGUGUUAGAUUUAAUUAUAUAAUAUUAUCUGGGGCAAUAUCUAUCGAGCUCUAUUCAACAAAAUUCGACUAUUUUUCCGGUGAGUUAUCUCCAAACGAAGAAUCUAAUGAAUGGACAAAUGCUAAUCGGAUGGCCACUCGUGACAACAAUUAUAAUCAACCGAGAUCGGAAGUAGAUCUAUCAAACUGCGAUGACCCCUUGAAAAAAUUGGGAAAUGAUGUAAUGUCAAAAACUAAUCAACUUAUUAAAUUCCAAAUGGCUGAUUUCAAAAAAACUUCUGGUCAAGUAGUUAUUCCCUUCAUUGAUGCUCGUCCUGCUGGUAUAUCGGGUCAUACGGCGUUAACUGGUGUUGGGAUAUUCCAUCGCGGAGCUAGAGGUUUCGGAGGAUUUUUAGCUCCUAGACUUAUCGGGAUGGAUCAUUCGAAAUACUUGCGGAUGGAAAUUUCGCAAGACAAAAUUAAUUCAUACAAACCUAGUUUUCAGAGAGAUAGAUAUAGUCAUCAAUCUCAAUAAUGUUAGAUAAAUAAUAUUUAAAUUUUUAAAUAUAUGUGUAAGAUGAUUUAUUCUUAACAUUUUAUUUAAUAAUUUAAAUAAAAUUUGAAUUUAUCAAUAUUUAUAUGAUUUUAUAAUA